GUUAAAUGCGCAAAAAAUAUUUUGAAAAAUUUAAAAUAAAAUUUUGAAAUUUUUCAAAAAAAAAUUUUAAAAGUAAAAAAAAAUUUUGAAAAAUUUAAGCACAUUUUUAAAAACUAAAUCAAAAUUAAACAAAUAAAAAAAUUAGCAAAAAUAUUUUGAAAAUUUGAAAAAUUGAAAAAUUUAAAAAAUUGAAAAAAUUAAAACAAAGUUAAAUGAGUAGAAAAUAAACAAAAAAGUUUCUUCAAAAUAAAAACCAGCUUGAAGUUUUUCUAAUAGUGCUUACAAAAAAAAUAUUUAAAGUGUUUGCCAGUACAACUCUGCAAAUUGAAUUUAUGUAAUUGUAUACUAAAUAAUACAGUCAGUGUAAUUUAAAUCACAGUGCUAUAAUACAUAUAUAUAAAUGGAAAAAAUAUGUCUACUCCAAAGUUUUGCUCUAAGCACACCUACAUACGCUGACGCCCUGCCGUGUGUUUAAAAAUUUCCGCUCCACAUCCAGUAUUCGCCCACAAAUCGGCUGUAUACACACACCUACUUAAUUGCAUGUAGCAAAACAACAAAAAAAUAAAAAAAAAGUAAAAUAAAACUUGUGUAGUUCAAACAUUUGAAAUUGCCUGCCCCUUACAUAUGACCUGACAAUUGUGCUACUCGGCGUAGCCUACAUUUAGGGGCUAAAAGUCAAAUUGAAACUAGUGAGUACAUAAACACUGCGGCGUUGUAACAAUUUCGGGCGUCAGUGUGUCAUGCUAACGAACGGCCGGUGGCAGACAAUUUGUGACAGUCGGAACUGGUGCACCUGUUUCGCAUAUUAAAUGUCAGUGUUGGAGCGUUGCGUUGGCUUUGCGGCAAGCUUCGCAUGAUUUUUAACACAAUUAGUAUUGCAGUUAUCGGCCUGAAAGUGGGCCGCUAGGAAUAACAACUGCAUGCCGACAGCCAGUGCUGCAGGCUAACCUCGAUUAUUUGUUGCAACAACGGUGCGCUCUGGGGAGCACACGUGACCGUAGUAAAGCGAGCAGUGCCGUUACAUAUAUAUGUGCGCUAACUGUAGCUACAUUGUUGUUGGUGGUGGUGACGAACUACAUAAACAGAUGUCUCAAUGCCUCGUUGAAAUCCAUUAAAACUCUGCUGCGCACUUAGGCAGCCAUCGGCAACCUUCAGCGGUGGCCACAAUUGAACAUUAAAUCACUUAAGAAACUACAACCACAACAACAGCAAUAGAAAUCAAUAAAAAUGCGUUCCUCACCCUACGCCUAUCACAUCGCCAACGACUUGAGCGAAGAAGAGUCCGACGGCGAUGCACUGGACUAUCACAUGGCGGCGGCCAUUAGCUCGAACCAUCGCCACCAGCAGCAACAACAAAUGGAAUUGAAAUUGAAAGACAUACCGGAGAAGUAUUUGAUGGUGAUUGCUCACUUCCUGUCGGGCGAUUUCAAUGACACCGAAGCGAUGGACCGUGUCAACGGGCCCAUACUGAAAGCCAGCAUUAAGUCCGUCCAUUGGCUGUUCCUCAUCCAGUAUGCGUUAUUGGCGCUGGCCGGCAUUGCCAUGAAUGUGAGCAUUAUUGCGUAUGCGAUGUACAAUCGCCUCUACAAGGAUGUGACGCACGCAUUCAUCGUUAAUUUGGCGUUGUGCCAUUUGGUGCAGUGUGCGCUGGUGUUGCCGAUAACAUUGAUGGUGAUGCUCAUACAGAAUUGGAUAUUCGGACAAUUUUUGUGCUUCUUUCUGCCGAUGCUGCAGGACAUUCCGCUGCAUGUUGCCAUAAUAUCGCAUAUACUCAUCGCCUGGGAUCGCAUGCGUUGGCUGAGCGAUCCACUGCAGGGCCGCUUGCCGGCCUUUGUGUGCUGCUGCGCGACUUGGCUUACUGGCAUGGUGAUUGCGCUGCCAUAUCCCAUCUAUACGAUUUAUGUGGAAUUGGGGGAUUAUGUGACAGAGCUGAAUGGCAUCGGCCUAUGUGUGGUCAACUUAAUGGAUGAUAUGCACGAAUAUAUGCGUGGACUGUUUCUGCUAAUGUACUGCGCGCCCUCCGUUCUGUUGGCUUAUCUUUACAUAAGGACUUCACAGGAGCUGCGACCACCUGAUGGUCCAUUUGCCGUUAUGAUGUUCGAGCAUCGCGCGGAUAUGCGAAAUCGCCAACGCAACUCAUCAGCCUCUUCGGUGGGCGUCAGCGUCGGCGCCACCAACACUUCCACCUCGGGCAUCGGCUCAGCGCUCACCACCCACACGAAUGGCGGUGCCAGUGUCGGUAGUGGUAUUGGUAUGGGUCACAACACCUCAUCUGCGCUGUCGACAACCGGGUCCGCCACAACGAAGACACGCUCGUAUGACUUGUACAGCGCCGAGUUGGAUGUUUAUCGGGAGAAGCGAAAGCAACGCAACUUCGGCAGCAUGGCUGCGGCUCAGAUACUUUGUCUGUGUCCGCUAAUGAUUCUACGCUUCGCACGCCUUUCCAUGGAGGAGACCUAUGAGAAUCAGAAGCAUUUCGACUUCACAUAUUUGAUGUUUGUGUGGAUCGCUUUUCUGCCCACCGUCAUCUUUCCCUGCAUUUAUGCCUCGCAGAUACUACCCAGAGAUAAGCAGGAGCGCAUACGUGGCUAUUUUCGUCUUUCGACGAAACGUUUCCAUAAAUCGCGCAGUUGUGGCGGCAGCGGCAGCGGCCACACGCCCAGCUCCCGAGAGGAUUCCAUUGAAAAGGACGACAACACAAACGCCACGCAAGCCACAUCGAUACUCGUGAACGGCGAGGAGUUUCUGAAUGGCGGCGGCAGCAUUACCGGCACUGCGCUGGUGACACGUCAUGAGCUCAAUCGGGCUGCCAAGUUUCAACAACAGCAGCAACAGCAUCACAACAAUUGCCGACAGGCUGGCAAAGACAGCUCGAACGGCGUUGCGGCGGUAGGUCAGCAUGCUUACGGCAGCAAGUCGACACCGCUGGCGAAGGAUGUGCGUGUGAAGAAGAAUGAUGUGAAGAUUAAGAUAAUAUCGGAUGGCGGCAAAGGCAAGAAGUCAACGUUGGCAGGCAUUGCCGGUGCCGGGCAAUUGCAGGCACAGCAUGCUGCGAAGAACGGCAGCGUGAGCAGCGGCAGUCGACGCGAGAGUGUUGCCGGUGGCGGCGGUGGCGGUGGUAGUAUUGGUGAGCGCAAAUUGACGCUCGGUUCGUUGGAUAACUCCUGCUCGAAUAUGACCUCGUCGACCUACUGCAAUGGCGCUGGCAGUUUGCUGGAGGAUGAUGGUGGCGCAAGCAAUUUCGGUGAUGGUGAAGACUCCUCAAUUGUGAGUGGCAUGAUUGUGCCGAGCGGCGGACAAAAUGGCGUCAACUAUAUGCAACACAAGAAGUGGAGUCUCAGUGGUCAACCAUUGUUACGUAACAAGGAUUUAUCGUUUAGCGAUUGCAGUAGUUUCUCGCAUAUGGAGACGGCCAGCACGUUGGAGCGCGACAUGGAGAUAAUCGAUAUGUUGGAACGUGAACGUAGCAUGGACAUACAGGAGAUGAUAGAGCGUGAGAAGCACGGUGAGACGGUGCGCAUGACGGUGGGUGAACGUCGCAAGCUACCCGAUAUUGAGAAGAUUUAUCAGCGUUCGCCAAAAGCGAAACUCGAUCCGUACAGUUAUGAUGUGUCUUCACAGGUGACGCCGACACCGUCAACAGCAACCGCCAAGGAUAGCAUACCGAACUCUUUGCUCUGCAGUGAUCCGUUGCAGUCAAGCGGUGGCAUUAGUAGUAGUGGUAGCAGCACGAAUGAUGGCGGUUAUAGCGUUGCGUCGACGUUUACCGGAGAUGAUGGUAUGGCAGCGCAUCGCCUGUCACGCAACGAUGACGGUGAGAGUGGCAUCGAUGUCGACGAAGAAGUGCCGUCCGAUUUCUUCGACAAGUACACGCCGGGCGCUGCUAAUUCGGUGCCAUAUGCCAGCAGUGGCGGCGGCCCAGCAGUCAACACACCCACUUCCGCCUACCAGUAUCAGUACUCGCGUCGUCUGAGCCGCAAAUCGUCGCAUCACAGUCAAGGCUCCAAUUCACAUCGCACUUCGAAGCGUGACAGCUUCAAUUCCUUGAAUGGCAGCGAUCUCAUUGCGGGCGCAUUCGGUGAGCUCGAUCCAACGCAACCGCUGUCGAAGAUGUCAGUGGUGGAGGGGCGUAUGCGCCGCAGCAGUGGACGUACGUCCAGUUUCUCUUCCUCGGCGCGCAGUUCAAUGAAGUCACGCGACUACAGUCAUGGUUCAUCGCAUUCGGCGCAUCCAGAGUUGGACUUCAGGGAGAAUAUAUUCGCUGAACUCUGAAGAGGUGAGUGUGGUAAGACUCGAGUUUAGGUGCCACGAUCCAAAUUGUGCAUGCUUUAUUUGAAAAGAGGUGCCUAAUUGGAUUAAAUUAAGCAACGAAGGUAUGUUUGAAGUAGAAAGCUAGCUUUUAAUACGAACAAAUACAGAAACCCUUAUAGUAGUGUGUAUUGGUAUGGAAGUCCUGACAGAGCAGUUUUAUAACAGUAGUUAAGCGUAAGUUUUUAUUAAUGUAGACAGAUCCUAGUAUGUGGUAAGUAAUGUUAAGUAUAAAUUUGAAAUGUGAUGAAAAUAGUUACAGAAUUGGCAUAAGCAUUCUAAAACGAAAAAUCAAAUGGAGUUUGGUGUUAGACGAGGAAAUACUUACACAUAGUGUUGUUGGAGUUACGUUGCGAAUAAGUUAGUGGGUUUACUAUGUGGGAAUUGAGUUCAUAAGGGUUGCUAACUGGAGCAAUAUACGAAGCUUACCUAACCUAGAUUGACAGCUGAUUUGAAGGUUAGUUGACCUUUGAAUGUUUGGUCAAGCAGAUUUCUGGUCAACUGUUCCGAAGGAUAUCGUUGGAAUUGUUGUUGGUCAAGUAUUUGGAUUCCGAGGUUGAUAUACUCAUGAGUUACGAGAAUAUCAAUAAGGUAGAGUAUUUGGCUCUAAAGAACUUAAGUGGUUCGUGACAGGACGAGCAAAACUCGAAAAAUUAUUAAUAUGAUUAUUUGUAUGAGACAAUUGCAAGAUUUGUUCCUGUAGAACAGCUGGGGUUUAAGUUAAACAUGUGAUUACUUAGCAUAUGAGUUCUUUUGAAGAAAAGUGCGGGUUCUUGAGUAAACGAGAGCUACUAAUAUAACGCUAUUAUGAAAGAAUCUGUGAGAGAGCGUGAAAAAGUCACGUUCUAUUGUAUUUUAUAUAAGCAUUUGUUAGUUUGAUAGUUAAUUAUGGUGCGUUAGAAAUAAUUAAUAUUUUUUACAAUACUUUGAAAAACUGUUUGAGGUUGAAGGCGACUUUCUUUGAAAAAUAUAAGAAAUUUGAGUUAGAAUGUUCGCUUGUAUUUGAAAGUAUCUUAACAAAGCUGCCUUCGAUUCGUCGAACCGAGAACUUACUGAAUCAGUGAAUCGAACAAACUGGUAUAAAUCUCAUAAACUGGCAUAAUUCAAUAAUUUUUGAAACCCAUCACUUCCAUCACUUCGAUGUGGCAUACGAAUGCUCUCUUCCCAUAAAUAUGACUGCACAAUUUUUAAAUUUGUUUGUUUUAUAUUUUCGCAGUAGCGGAUCGUACAAACAAUUGGCAUAAAUGCCAUAAACUGGCAUAAUCCGCUUGUUCUUGAAAUCCACCACUUUUAUCACUUUGAUAUGGUAUAGAGAAGCACUCAUCUCAAAAAUAUAAUAUAAUAACUAGCUGGAUUUUAAUUUUCUUUGUUCUGUAAUUGAGUGGAUUUCCCACAUGUCGUAGAGCGAAGUGGCGAAUCGAACAGAUAAGUGAAUAGCGCAAAUAAAUGGUAUAAACCAUAGAGACAGGCAAAAUCAAGACUAUUAGAAAGCAAACACUUUGGACAAGUAACCACAAGCUCCGCUUUGUUGAAUUCAGUUGGUUGACUUCGCUGUUCCUUUCACUCCUCAGCCUUUUGACAAGAGAGAGGAGAGCUCCCCAAUGGUGUAAAGAAAUAGUAUUUGAAUGAAUAGUGAACUUUAGUGUUGCUUUCACUUGUCA